UACUCUCUUGUGUACAUGCCCAAGAAGAAAAUCCCAAAGGCACAAGGGACGUUUGAUGGGGAAGAAAAUGCUGUACUAUAUCAGAACUAUAAAGAAAAAGCUCUGGAUAUAGAUUCUGAUGAAGAGCCUGAGCCACAAGAGCAGAAAUUGGAUGAAAAGGUUGUCGUUCACUAUAAGCCCUUGAGAUCAACAUGGAGUCAACUGUCUGUCGUAAAGAAGAAUGGAUUAUCAGACACUCUGAGCCUAGAAGAAAGGAAGAGGCAGGAGGCUAUUUUUGAAGUAAUAUCUUCUGAACAUUCGUAUUUACUGAGCCUGGAGAUCCUGAUCCGUAUGUUUAAAAAUUCCAAAGAACUGAGCCUCACCAUGACCAAAACUGAGAGCCACCACCUUUUCUCCAAUAUUGCCGAUGUUUAUGAAGCAAGCAAAAAAUUCUUUAAAGAACUUGAAGCAAAGCAUCAGAACAACAUCUUCAUUGAUGAUAUUAGUGAUAUAGUGGGAAAGCAUGCUGCUUCCACGUUUGAUCCCUAUGUAAAAUAUUGCACUAAUGAAGUCUAUCAGCAGCGAACACUGCAGAAAUUACUAGCUACAAAUCCAGCAUUUAAAGAGGUGCUGUCACGGAUUGAAUCCCAUGAAGAUUGCAGGAAUUUACCUAUGAUCUCUUUCCUCAUACUCCCAAUGCAGAGAGUUACUCGUCUUCCAUUACUGAUGGAUACUAUUUGCCAGAAAACACCUAAAGACUCACCAAAGUAUGAGAACUGCAAGCAAGCUCUGAAAGAAGUGAGUAAGCUGGUACGUUUGUGCAAUGAAGGUGCUCGGAAAAUGGAAAGGACAGAAAUGAUGUACACCAUUAACUCCCAGCUGGAAUUUAAAAUCAAGCCAUUUCCAUUGGUUUCCUCUUCACGAUGGCUAGUGAAAAGGGGUGAGUUAACAGCUUAUGUAGAGGACACGGGGCUCUUCUCUAAAAGAACUUCCAAGCAGCAAGUUUACCUGUUCCUCUUCAACGAUGUCCUCAUUAUCACCAAGAAGAAGAGCGAGGAGAGCUACACGGUGACCGAUUACUCGCUGAGGGAGCAGCUCGUCGUGGGGCCGUGCGAGGGCGAGGAGGCCGGCGCCUCCCCGGCCAAGGGCGCCGGCGCCCUCCCCUUCCGCCUGGUGCUCAGCAGCCACGCGGGCGACAGGGUGCGGAUGCUCCUGGGAGCCGACACUCCGAGCGAGCGAGCGCGCUGGAUCGCAGCGCUGGGCAAGAGCCGGGAGCUGCUCGACACCGACCGCACAACUCUGACUCAGGUGGAGAUCAUCAGGACGUACACGGCCAAGCAGGCGGAUGAACUGUCUCUUCAAGUUGCCGACGUCGUUCUGGUUUAUCAAAAAGUAAACGAUGGCUGGUAUGAAGGGGAGAGACUGCGGGACGGGGAGCGAGGCUGGUUCCCAAUGGAAUGUGCCAAGGAGAUCACCUGCCGGGCCACCCUCGACAAAAACAUGGAGCGGAUGGGGCGGCUACUUGGACUUGAAACCAAUGUUUAGACUUCCCUCCCCCCUCUUCCUCCUGUUUCUUCAUUGCAGGAUUUGCACUAACUGCUGCCCGCGGGACCUGGCUGCAGGCACUGCAGCUGCAGCGGGCGGCUGCGAGUCACGGACGCACAGACUCCCACCCGGGAGCUGCGCUGUCAGGUCUGGCAUUUUGAGCCUGACCUGAACUGAGGCCUGGCUCAAGCAACAGCACAUUUCACCUGGAAGCAGGUUCUUAGGUGGUGGAGGGCAGCCGUGUUUCCCCUUUCAACUUCCGCCCACGCUCUUCUGAAAAGCUGUGGCUGCUGAGCCCCAGGAGCUCAUGGUGCUGGGGGGAAGGAAGGGCAGCCAGGGCUGGGGCUUCCCUCGUGCCCCCCAGGAGUCGUGGGGCUGCGCAGGGCCCUGGGGCUCCCCUCGCUUCCCGCAGCUCUGGAGCCCUUUGCUGGCACUGAGGCUGCCUUCUUUCACAGUGAGAGCCAUAGUCUUAAUUCUCACAGAGUCCUUUCAGGCUGCAGCAAAUACCCACCUGGAGAACAGCUACGAGUUUUUCAAACUAGUUUCAACUUCAGUCUUAGAUGUAACCCCAGUCUAGUUCAGAAUGUAGAUGUCUGAGAACACAGGGUUUAGGUAUGCUUAAAGCCCUGUAACUAGUGGAAUGAAGUCCAUUGUGGUUCAAUUUUCCCUCCAUCUUCUUAAUUCCUCGUUAAGAAGGUAGCACCUUUAACAUUUUUGUUACGACAACCACAGCAAACCUGAAGUCUGGGUUUUCUUUUUAACCUUUCUGUUCUGGAGAGCGCUUAAAUAAAAACUAAGGCAAAAAAACAAGGUUAAGAACUCGUACAAAGGCUGCCCUCCUGUCACAGCUCUGUUGCUGUGUUUUUACAGGGCUGGUAUUGUUUUAUAUUCUGUAAUAUUUUGGAUAUUUGAUUUGUGAAUGAAGUUGAUGUUAAUAAAUUUUUCUCUGUAACAAAAAUAUAGUAGGAAAGCAAUAAUUUUGUACAGAGAUACUUACCUUUUCAGUCUGACGAGUAUACAGCCUUACAAAUUAAUUUAUA